UCUCUCUCUAAACAAUCCUUCUUCUCUCUCUCUCUCUCUAGGAUCAUCUCUUUCGUCACCGAUCUCUCUCGAAGAAGCUUCUCGAGCUUUUCUCUCUCCUCCGAGAGUUCUUUCUUUGUCGAGAUUCAACGCCGAUUCUCUUUUUGAGCUCUGAUAGAUCAGAGUAUGGCGCCUAGUAGGACGUCCAAGAGUGUGUACAAACGUUACACCAAAGAAACUUCUCCUGAGAAAGAUUUAAGGAACUCUAGCAAAACCAAGCAAAGAAUGAAGAGAUUGACUGAUAAGUUGGGACCUCAGUGGACGAAAGGAGAGCUUGAGCGUUUCUAUGACGCUUAUAGGAAGCAUGGGAGAGACUGGAGAAAGGUAGCUGCUGCAGUGCGGAAUAACCGGUCUGUAGACAUGGUGGAGGCUCUUUUUAAUAUGAAUCGGGCAUAUUUAUCACUGCCCGAAGGAACUGCUUCUGUAGUUGGCCUCAUUGCAAUGAUGACUGAUCAUUACAGCGUCAUAGAAGAGAGCGAAAGUGAAGAAGAAGAAGAAGAAGAAGAAGAAGAAGAAGGCCAUGGUGCUUCUGUUGUAUCGAUUAAAUAUCAGAAGCGCAAACUUGCUAAACUUCCGUCUAGUGAUGUUCGAGAAAUGAUUCCACCGCAUUCAGUUGCAUCAACGGAAGGCUGCCUCUCAUUUCUGAAGCGGACACAAACUUAUGGAUUAGAGCGACGUGCCACUGGUAAACGUACACCUCGGUUUCUUGUACCAAGUGAUGACGAGAGGGAUGAUAAAGAAAGUUCCAUGCCACCGAAUAAAAGAGCCAAGAAGCAACUUGAGGCCGAGGACGACGAUACAUUAGCGUUGGCAUUGGCAAAUGCAGCGAGAAGGGGAGGAGAGUCACCAUAUAGAAGACCAGAAGUCAAUGGCACCACUCCAAAUGGAAAAAUGUCACAAGAAAAGGAAGCUCAAUCCAAGCACCGUGCUAGUACCAUGGCUAGGAAUGUGGUGAGAAUUAGCCGAGAUAGAAGGCAUAUCAAGGGCACUCCUGAUAGAGAUGGUGCCUUGUUGAUGGAUACGGUAGAGGUUGGGACCGUGGAGGUUCCACAGAAGGAGGAAAAUGUGAGAUUUGAAGAGGCAGUAGGAGAUGCAUCCAAUGCCAAUGAGGGAAGCAAAUCUGGAGGUGAAUUAGAAGCUCUGAAUGUAUUGGCUGAAUUAGCUUUACUAACUCCUGAUGGUUUGAAGGAAUCAGAAUCAUCUCCACGGUUGAAAGAAGACAAAAUAGCUAACAACGUGGAAGAGAAACCUCACAGAAGCUAUCACAGACGAAAACCAAAACAAGCAGGACCACCUGAAGAUGCUAGCAAACCUAAACCUGCGCAAGAAAUCAUUGAUGCAAAUGCUGUUUCCAUUGGGGAACUUGGCUCUUCAAGAAGAAAACGUAAAACUCUACAUAAUAAGGAAUCGUGUGAAGAUGAUAAUUUGAAGACUAUAAUCAAAGCGAGACGUGCUGAUCAAAGUCCACCCAGUGCGAAGACCUCAGAAGAAUCUUCCUCAACUAGUGAAAAGAAAAUAACUGGACCAAAUGCAGUAAUCUCAGCUACACAAGUUUCAGGUUCGGGUCCAGCGAGUUUGCUGCAGAAACCACCAAACAGGCGUAAGAUGAGUUUGAAGAAAAGUUUACAAGAAAGAGCUAAAUCUUCUGAAGCCACUUAUGAUAAGCCACAUAGAUACGAAACUAAUUCAAAACAUGAGUUAUUAAAGCAGCAAGUUUCUACUUCUCUCUCAUGUCCAUUGGUACGUCGAAGGUGUAUAUAUGAAUGGUUCUACAGUGCUAUUGACUACCCCUGGUUUGCAAAAAUGGAGUUCAUUGAUUUUCUAAAUCAUGUGGGUCUUGAUCACUCUCCAAGACUUACUCGUCUUGAAUGGAGCGUCAUUAAAAAUUCUCUUGGUAGAACUCGGAGAUUCUCUGAGAAGUUCAUACAGGAAGAGCGGGAAAAACUCAAACAGUAUCGAGAAUCUGCGAGAAAGCAUUACACAGAGCUGCGUGCAGGUGCAAGGGAGGUGCUUCCUAGAGAUUUUGCUCAGCCUUUAUCAGUGGGGAACAGAGUCAUUGCCAUCCAUCCUAAAACACGGGAAGUUCGUGAUGGCAAGAUUCUUACUGUUUAUCAUAACAAGUGCAACGUUAUGUUUGAUGACUUGGGCGUCGACGUAGUUAUGGACAGUGAUAUCAUGCCUUUAAAUCCGGUGGAAUACAUGCCAGACGGUCUGAGGAGGCAAAUCGAGAGCAAAGAAGUAGAGCUUAACAGACACCCAAGCUCUGAUUCAUCUGCUCUGUUCCCUCCUCCCGUGCUUGAAAAUAUCGACUUUUCUAUGACUCCUAAAAAACAGUCUCUACAGGAUGAUAGGGACAUGCGAGUCACUACUGAUCAAUCAUAUAACAUAGCCAAUAACAAAACAAGACAAGGUGAAAUUCAACGAGCUCUGAUGUUGGACUAUACUUCAGAUGGAGAGGAAAUGGAGCCAGAAAUGAUUGGCAUUGUUAGUGGUUCAAGGUCAAUAGCACAGGCAAUGGUGGAUGCAGCUUUGAAGGCUUCAUCUUUGGUAAAGGAUGGCAAAUACGCAAGUCAUGUGGUUCUGCAAGCUUUAGACUCAAUGGGAGAACAUGAGCCAUUAGAUAACUCCAUAGUGUGUGGUAUAAAGCAUCAAGACCAAACCAAUGGCAGCUUGGAUAAUCAUCAUCAAAGCUUGUCUCCCUCAAACACUGAAGGAUUGAUGUCUUCAGAGCUAAUCGCCUCUUGUCUUUCAACUUGGCUCAUGAUUCAGAGGUGCGCAGAGAAGCAGUACCCACCAGCUGACGUGGCUCAGGUGAUGGAGAUAGCAGUGAGGAGCUUGGAGCCACGGUGUCCUCAGAACAUGCCUAUCUACAGACAGAUUCAGACUUGCAUGGGUUGGAUCACGAAUCAAAUUAUGGCUCUUGUUAAAACAUGACAAAAGUAACUUCUGAGUUGUUUAUUUUGACUUUUUGGAUGUGGAUAGUAGAAGAGGUUAGUUUAGUUCUAGCUAGGUAAUAACUGCACAGCUAUUCAUUUAUUGGGCCAGGUUAGGCUUAAAAGCCUUUGAAAUAAAAUUCACUCUCGGCUUUUAUUACGUAAGGCCUAAAACAUGAAAGCCCAACACUUCAAAAGAUU